GUGGCUUGGGUCCAGUGGAUGAGGCGAGGAGAGGAAAGACAUUACGUACUGCUUCAGCUGGAGAAUGUGCAUCAUGUCCAUCAUUGUUACAGUCGGAGCACAGUUGUCCAGAUGGUCGCUCUUGGCCUCGUUUCAGUGUGCAUGGGAUGGGGACGUCAUGCCAUGCCAGACAGGAGCCGUAUCGAGCAUGGAGAAUCAACGAUCAUUCUCCGUUCCAUCAUGUCAUUGUUCGAUAGUCGGUCAGGUCAUGAUAGACCGGUCAUGGGAAACCUGCGAUGACACGCUGCGAUCAACUGCGAGUGUGAGCAUGAGUAUGAGCAUGUUGAAUGAACACCUCGUGUCAUAAUGCAAAUAACCUCUUGCAUGACGACAGUAAACAGUAGCGCAGCAGCAGCAGCGCAGCAUAUGCAGGACAGCGAGCCGACUAAUCCGAAAGCGGCAAUUAAGUUACCUGCCCGCCCGCUGCCCGGCGCAGACAUGAGCUUUCCGCUGCAAGCUCGG